AUCAUGACACAGUCAUAGAAGGAAAAUAAUUAUGUUUAAACUCACAUUAGUCCGGGAUGAGCCAUCGGUAUAGUGUUUUUAUAAACUCAUGUUUAAAACUACCCGUUGAUCCUGUAAGUAAGAUGCCGAAAACCGCAUAUGAACGUAAAACUAGACCAAUAAUAGAUCAGGUUUCUAUUGAUUCGACAUCCACUGUAGGCUCCGUAGUAGCGGUGGAUAUAGAUGCCGAGAAACUAAAAGACUUUUAUCGCAGUAUACCUGAUUACAAUGACAUCCACCAUCUACCAGAAGAUGAGUUUUAUUCCACAUUAAGGUCUUUGAGAGAGAGAAAAAAAGUUAUGUUAGGUUUGGCUGUCGAGCGUAUUGACCAUUGCAUUGAAAAUAAAAGUAAGAAUCAAGAAAUAGAUACGGCGUUUUGUAAGACAGAGCAGGAUACUGGUAUAGACGCAUUUUUAAAAUCGAAAUUAAAAUAUAGAGAAAGUAACCGAAGACAAUAUUCAGCAGAAAAAAAGGAAGGAGACAAGGUUAAGUGUGAAAUAGCUAAAGUUACUAUACCAACAUCUGACUCUACGUUAAAACGACCAACAAGAAAAGUUACGAAACAAAAUGAACAAAGUAGUGAUGACAUAAGAAUUCCCAAAAAAGGUAGCUCUAUCAGAGAAAAGAGCAAAGCUGAUAGGCCGAAAAGAAAUCACUCUGCUUGUUCCAUAUCUUGGAAUGAUACAAAGUUUGAACGGAAGGACGAUAUCGAUCAGAAAUUCGAACAAUUCUUCGAUGAUAAAAAGUAUUCAAUAAGAAAAGGUAACGAGGACGAUGAUUUUAAAACUAGAAGUAUGCCGUCAAGUCCUUUAAGACUGAAGCGUACCAUAUCACCUACAAGAGGACGCAGAAGUGUUACUAUUCCUAAGCCUUUUAAAAUGACGGAGAGAGAUGAGGAAGAACGAAUUGUAAACGAGUUACGAAGCCUUCGGAAAUCAUUUUCAGAAGAUAUGCUUCAUCAAAAGUGCAAGAGAAAACAAUUUAAAGCCAACCCUGUGCCAAUAGAAUCGCGAAUUCCCUUAUAUGAGAAGAUUUUGGAGGAUCAAGCUAUGAGAAGGGCGAUUACAAAAAUAAAUAGUGAAGCAGACUUGCGAGCUCAAAUGAAACCGUUCAGCUUUACUAAGAGGGAGGAGAAAGGUCUCGAUGGAGUAUGUGAAAAAGCAGUCCAUGCCAUUCCUAAGAGCAAGAAAAAAAAGCGGUUCAAAGCACGACCAGUGCCUAAAAAUCUGUUUUCUAACUACUUCUAUGAUAAAAUAAAAGAAGAUGAAUUCUUUCGGUCUAUGAAUCGUCGCAUCAGAUCAGAGGAGUUAUUACGCAACUCCAGUUACCCAGGCACAAUGGGGACACGCGAGCGCAGUCGGCUGUCCACACCAGCUGCUCAUAGCGAUUUACCUAUUGAUCCCUCGCCCGCGGUUCCUUCAAUUACAUCAUCAGACCGGCAAAGAUGCAGCAGCCCUACGAAAAAUCGGAGAAGACGCUACAAAACUGAUAAGGAAGAUUUUAUUACCACGAGCCCGCAACCAUUUCGUUUCAAUACAGCUGAGCGUGCCGCUAAAAAAAUAACAGAAUUAACAAACAAAAUAUACCAGGAGAGUAAAAGUACAGGUAGUGUCGGUGGUAGCGGUGCUCCAGAAGCUCGCGCUUAUUCUGCUUUGGAACUGCGUGCUGCUGCAUCAGGCAGAUCUAAUCUUGCUGCGUUAUUAAGAGCGGAGGCUGUGAGAAGUAGAUUUGAAAUGGAAGCUGCACGUCGUCUCACGGAGCAACGAAGGCGUAUGGAGAUGAGGCACAGAGAUCGUUUGUUACGCUCUAAACCUGCCUGGCAUCUCGUGAAGAACAAUCAUGAGGAAGAUAUUGCGAUGAGAUUACAAACACGCCGUGAUGAAGAAAAAAUGAGAAGGGAAGAAUUUCUUCAUGAGAUGGAGCUUAUGUAUGGCAGAGUUCACGAUCAACCCAUGCUUUUUGAAAGAUACUACGCACCAAGACCUUACGCCGCACCUGUAGACAGCAUACAACUGUCGCCAAGAAAAUCUAAAAAGAAAAAUAAGAAGAAAUCCUACCAGUUCAUUAGUCCUAACAGAUCUAGAAAAGUUUCUAUAAAUGACACGGCUGAAACAUUUAAUGGGGAUGUCUCAGAAUAUCUUAAUAGAAUCAAUGACGACAAACUGUACUCAGAUUCAGAGGCAGCGGUCGAUAGUUUAGAUGGAGGAAAAUUAUAA